UAAGCUAGUUUUCUCACUCAGGGUUUGUUGUCAUUUAUUCUUAUCUCAAGUGUCUGUGGCCAUUAUCCAGAUAACCAAAUCUUCUUCAACAAGAGGAGGCUCUUUGCCACAUUUUCAUCUAGCUUCUCAGAAAGAGGCAUGCCACAGAACGUGUCAGGCAUGAGCAGUGGGCAUACCAGGCGGCGAGAGGAGUUGAAGGUUGUGAUAGUAGGUGAUGGUGGAUGUGGGAAAACCUCCCUCCUCAUGGUUUACACUAAAAAAAUACUUUCCAGAGGUCGAGAGGACUAUGACCGAUUACGGCCCCUAUCCGAAUGCCAACCUGGUAUUGAUCUGCUAUGAUUGGUACCCCGAGGUGCAUCACUUCUGCCAUGGCGUGCCCAUUAUCCUGGUAGGAUGCAAAACAGAUCUGCGGAAAGACAAGGCCUUGGCAAGGAAACUGUGGUCCUCAGGCCAGAACCCCAUCACAUACAUCCAGGGUGAAGAGACCAAAAGGAAGAUCAAAGCUGAGCUCUACUUGGAGUGUUCAAGUAAUACAAGGAGAAUGUGGAGGACAUAUUCAGAGAGGCUACCAAACAAGCCCUUGCAGCAACAAGGAAAUCCAGAAAGGCAAAGAGGAACGGAUUCUGUGCCCUUCUGUGACCCAAGAGAUAAUGCUAUCCAGCACCGUGAGCUCCUGAUACAGACAAUCCUCUAGCCCCACUCAGGGAAAACACAGAUGAUGACAGACUACUUCUCCCUACAAGUCCUCUUAUAAUAUUGUUGCUGCAUUUUACCCUUCUGCUAACCGAUUUCCUUUGUUGUUCCUUCCUGCUAAUUCUUGACACAUUGUCAAAAUGUGUUUCUUUAAUAGAAAUGAACAACGCCCUCAAGUUAUAGAACCACAAAUGGGGACAUUUGGUCUUAGAAAGUUAAGGAGGCAUGAGGAAGAAGUUGAAGGUACCAUUGUAUAAUAAUUGAAGGUUCCAUUGUAUAAUAAUUGAAGGUUCCAUUGUAUUUCUCAUUUUGAUGUAUCCAAAUCUUUUAAUUUAUACAAAAAAGAAGGUUGACUCAAACAGUAAUUCACAUAGUACAUCUCAUAGAUGUAAAAAAAAAAAAAAAAAAAGAUUAAAUGAAGCAACAUAAAUCUGGAUUAGC